AUGAUUCAUGAUAAACAAUCAUCAUUAAUUACAUCUCAUCAUCUUACACAAAUACCCAAAAAAUCAAUAUUCGAUCAACAAUUUAUUACAUUAUGGAAUUGGUUACCAGCAUGCCCUAGUCUAUCUCAAUCUAUUAUAGUUUUUACUAUUGAAGAACAUGGAUUUCGUUUACAAACAUUAUUAAAUAAAAUCGAUGACCUUGAAUAUUCAAUAUUAAUAGUGAAAACUACUAAUGGCGAGGUAAAUUUUGUUCAACUAUUAUAAAAAAAAAAGGUAUUGAGUAGUAUUACGAGAGAAAAAAAGAAUUUAAUUAGAAGAUAUAUUUAUUUCGUAUUACGAAAAUGGAAGAAGAAAUGAUUUUUUUUUCUCUGCGAUUUUUCUAUUCAUUUAAAGCAUAUUUAAAUAUUAUUUAUUUAUUUAAAUAGAUAUUUGGUGCUUUUUGUGUUGGUCUUUGGUCUGAUUGUCAUAAUAGAACAAAUUUUGAUUUUGAUGAAUUAUUUUUCUUUACACUUAUACCAAAACAAAUAAAAUAUUCUUGGAUAGACAAAAAUAAGAUUAUAAUAAUCGUCAAAAUCAAUUUAAACAUGAAUUUUUUUUUAUUUUCUAAUAAUAAAAACCUAAUUAUUGGUGGAGGAUCCAAACGAAAUAAUAAAAUCUAUUUUCGAAUCAAUUCUUUUAACAGCUCAAAAUGCAGAAUAUAAUAAUUCAACUGGACUAUCACAAUCAAAUUGACCAAAUUUUCUAAUUACUUUUGAUAUAUUAUUCAAUGAAAGAUUAUGAUAAUGAGUAACUAGAUCACCAUUAUUUCGAUAGAAAAUAUCAACAUUUGAAUCAGUAAAUGUCCAAAAAUGAUAUAUACAAAAAAAUAAAAAAAAAUAAUAAUUUUUUAUAAAUUAACAAACGAUGCAAAAGUCUUUGCACAAAUGAAUGUUAGAAUCUCUUAAACCACAUUGUCCACUUCUAAACCAACCAAAUUUUUUUUAUUGGAAAGAGCAAAGUUUGAACUACAACUUUUGUACGAGACGUAUUUUUCCAGAACGAAUGUGAGAAGGAGGAAAAAGUCGAAAGCCAAAUACUCCUAGAAAAACGUUCUUGUAACAUUUUUGCAACUUGAAAAACUUAUAUUUUCCAAUCUUUUUUAGCUAUAUAGUCUGAAUUGUAACAAAACAAUUACACCAAAAUGUAGCGCAUCAAAAACUCUAUUGAUAUCAGCUUUGGUAAAAACUUUUUAGGUUGAUUCUUCAUUCUUUAAACAAAACUGUUUGAGAAUUGAAAUUUUUAUGAAAUAAGGUCUUUAGCACGGACUAUCAAUAUGCAAGGACAUAAAUCAUCGCCUCCAGAAAUCGUGCAUAACCUGAAUCCUAUGUCCAUUGUUUGUUCGACAUGCGUUAGUUUAUAAAAGCUUAGAAUAAACAACACUUCAAAAAAUAAUUUUUUCUCGCUCCAAAAUAAUCAGGUGGAACGAACGAUCGGAUGGUAUAGGUUCUUUCAGAAGAAGCUGUAGUUUGAUAUAAAAAUCAAGUAUAAAUUUAACUUUCGAUACAUCAUUGAAAAGAGCACUCUUUAUGCUACAAAAAAUCACCGUUAAACAUCGUUUUUCAUUUCUCUUCUGAUACGAAAAAAUUAACAGAAAAAAAAAAUGAUGCUGCACGAUAGUGAAAUUGCAAGAACGUUUUUAGGAGCAUUUGUUUUUUGACUUUUUCUCUUUCUCUUUCUCGCAUUCGUUCUGGAAAAAUACGUUUUCGUACAAAAGUUGUAGUUCAAACUUUGCUCUUUCCAAUAAAAAAACUUAAUUGAUUUAGAAGUGACCAAUGUGAUUUAAGAGAUUGACAUUGGUGCAAAGACUUUUGCAUCAUUUGUUAUAUUGAAGAAAAUUAAAAUACCUUCUGUUAUAUUCUCCUCAUUUCGUUUUUGUAUCGAUUAAUAAAGCAGAGAAUAAAUAAGAUAUUUCUUAUUAUCGUUAAGAUAAAUAAUCCUGCAGCCAUAAUAUUACUAGUCACUCAGUAAAUUUUUUUUUAUUGUAGUAGAAUAAAGAUUAAUAAUAAAGUACAAUAAAUUGAUUUAUGAUGUACAAGAAUGCAAUUGAGAGUACAUGAGAAAAUAAAUUAAUACUUUAUUACAUCACAUAUCAAAUAUACAAGAAAAAAAAAACAUUAUUAUAUAUCAAAUGCAUAAGAAAAAAAAAUACAUCAUUACAGAGCAAAUGUAUAAGAAAAAAAAAUCGAUAUUGUUUUGUGAAUGUGAGUUCCAAUUAAAUUAAUUAACUUUGAGAUGAAAAUUGACGACGCAUACUAGAAAACAGAUAAAAAAGAGAAUACAUUAUUGUUUUAUGAAAGAAAUCAAAGUAUCUUACUCAAGAAGAAUUUGAUUGGCUUCUUCAUAAUUUAAUUUACCAUUAUUCCCAUGUGUUCGAAUGCGAUCGAAUUACGACGCAGUUACGCGUAACUGCGAUCGCACUGUGACCCGUAAUUGCGGCGCAGCUACGCGUAACUGCGAAUUUUUACCGUAGCUGCGCGCAACUGCGAUAUUUUAUUCGCAAUUACGCGCGGUUACGAUCAAAAUUUCGCAGUUACGCGCAACUGCGACGCAGAAUUGGCUCUACGCGUAACUGCGAUGCAGUUGUUAAAAAAGUGGCGACAUGGGCUCGUUUGACAAAUUUUGUCGAGUUCUUCUUGGUUAUUGCAUUGUAGAUGAUCAAAUACCACGACAUCUUUAAUAUCAUUAUUUUUAAUAUUAAUCGGAGCAUUAUUUUCUGCUUCCACCAGUAAUGUUUCAAGUGACCAGUAGGCAUUAUCUAUCAUGCCCUGGAAUGAUGAGCCAGCAGCCUCACCUAUCAGUUCCAAGUUGUGUCCAACAUAAGCACCUUCAUAUUCACCGUUCUCUUUAGCAAUAUAAACCAGCAGAAUAUGAUGUUUUUCAUCUGUUGUUGAUGUUACGUUGGUAUCGGAGUCAGCACUUAAUGACAUCCCAUGGAAAAGUUUUUGGAGAAAAACCGCGGUCAACCGCGGUGAAUAUGAUUGUGACCGCGGUAUAAUAUAUCGCGGUUAGUCGCGUUUUCAUAAACCGCGGUGAACAUGUUUAUCACCGCUGUUAGGAUCUUCAUUUAUUACUAUCAUACACUUCUGCUCACGCUGAUCACGUAGGCAGAAAGAUAAUAAUUUAAGACCCUUGGUCUAUAUAGGGUUAGUGAUUUCUCACGUAAAGGAAACUGCCUACCUUAAUAAUAUAACUUGUAGUUUGAGGAAUGAUAGUAGAGAUAUAGGUAGUUCAGAGUUUAUUCAUAAUAAUAAUAAUAAUAUGGACAGGGACAAAUGGAAGAAGGAGAUAAGGUCAUCAGAGAAAGGUAAUAGUAAAAGUUACUAUUGCUAAAAGUGGGAAAAAAUAAGGUUUAUAAUAAGUAAGGGAGAGAGAGAAAAAGAGAUGUUGUUCAGAUGGAUGAACGAUAACAACUGCACUGUAAUACUAGCUAGUGGAAGUAUAUAUAUAGGGUGUCCGUAAAGUACUUAGAGUUACUAAUGUAUAAGACGUGCUCGCGCCAAAACAAGAUGAAGACGGCAGAGAAAAGAAAGUGAAAGCUGUCUAUCGCUGAAGAAUCAAGAAAUUCUUCUUGUUAUAAAAAAUAAAUAUAAUGGCUCACAAAAACUUUUCUAUUUGAUUAUUUUGUUUUACAACUUGAUGAAAAAAUCGAUAAAACCUUUGACUCUCUAUAAUAUAUGUUUUUCUGCCGAUUUUUUUCUACAUUUAUGUCAAGACUCAAACUUAUCAAAAAGACAAGAUAAAUUUUCUUACGAACAAUUCUACUCGAUUUCAAAGAAGUUAUUAGUUUAUUCUGAAGGUAUAAGCCAUGAAUAGAGUCUAACUAUCGUUUGUCUCAUGGAAAUUGAAAGAAAAAUUCUAUCGUUAACCCUUUCGUUACCGCAUCACAUCUCGUAGAUGAGAUAUAGAACGAAAAGAAAUAUUUUGCGUUCUGUCGUCUUCUUAGGCGACGAAUAUCAUAUGAUAUGUUCAAAGGAAAAUGAAUUCAUGUGGCUAUGAAUAAUGAAUCUGUAUUUCGAACACAUAUGAUUAUGACGGCUGAACGCAAGAGAAAGAUUAAAUUAUCUUUUUUUCUUGCUCGUGCAGAACGCAAGAAAAUGUCGGUAUUGAAAGGGUUAAAACGUAGCUGAAAAGAAUUAAAUAUUUGGUAAAAUUCAGAAAGAUGUAUUCAAUAUUGAUUCGAGAUAUUAAAAAAAAAAGAUUUUUUCACACAAAUAAAUCUUUCAUGGUUCUUUUUUGCCUUUUAAUCGUUAAAUUUUAUGCCCCUUCUAUAUGAACAGUUCUUCUUGGUCAUGUUUUGUUUUUUGUAUCUUGGCCAUGUUACGACACAUGUGCAUCAUGGGAUAGAAGUAGUUGAAUCCAAAAAUGUUAUCGUUUCUUUUGUGGUUUUAACAAACUAAAAAAUAAUUAUAUAUAUACUCUAGAUAAUCUAUUAAAGUUAAUUAAGAAACUUGAGCACAAUUGUAAAACAAUCUUAAAAGACAAGUGGAAACUAGCAAAAAAAUUAAACACUUUAAACAAUAUUCAUAUUAUCUUGAAAUGUCGUCAGAAGUAUAAUGAAUUUUGUUUUAUUUCGCUUUGAAGCGAUUAGUUUUAUAUCAAUAAGGCUUUCAAGACGGAAAAAUUUAUAAACUAUUGCUUGAGCUACUCAUACUCAACACUAAUCUUUUUUUCUUUCGACCACCGCUUAUGUUGGUAGAUGAUAGACAACCAGAAAGGAGUGUCACCACGUGCACCAAUGAAAACAUAUAUGUUCAGAUAUAAAAAUCGAAUGAACAUCAUUUUUUGUAAUAUAAUUGAAGGUUACAGACUUCAGUGUAAAAUAAAUAGAUCCCUUAUUUAAAAAUACAACGAUCAGGUGCAACAUCUGAUUUUGUUCUGAUGAGUGAUGGCUUCUUUCAGAAAUAUAAGAUGCACAUUAAGUUAAAAUAACUUCAUCUGUUUAUAUGUAUACAUGGCAGUUGAAAAAAGUUCUUAUCAGAGGCUGAUUAUUGCAGAAAUUCUUUUUUUCUAGGUGAAAGU